CAGAUCAUCCGUUUGUUUGACGUUACACUGAGAUGCGCAGGAACCACUUUCUUUGCCCUGGAAAACUGUUCAUUAAGCGAAGACCGAUGAUGAAUCAGAAGUUCAUCUGCUCGUUUUCGCACCAGCAGCCGCUCUCAUUUUGACCAACAGGAUUAGGAUGGAAAGGUGAAAGUUGGAUUUUUCCAAAUAAGUAGUUUUAACGUGUGCUAAUCCGCACCACUGAUAUAAACAGGGGAUGUGAGAGACACACAAGUUUGAAAGCAAAACUCAGGAAACGGAGCGCAGCUGCGAGGAUGAACCCAGUCUGGAUAUUUCUCCUGUUCAUUGAGGGGGGAUUUGCACUGGCACAAAAGAUUAAAGAUGCAAGUGCAGGAUCAAAAGCAGUUAAACCUUCUCAAUGUGGAAACUGGGUACGAACCACUGAUGGCGGCACCUUCAGUUCCCCAAACUACCCAAAUAUGUACCCUCCAAACAAGGAGUGCCUCUAUGUGCUGGAAGCCCUGCCUCGCCAGAGAAUAGAACUGCUGUUUGAUGAAGUCUUCCACAUCGAGGCAUCGUUCGAAUGUCGCUUCGACCACAUUGAAGUGCGGGACGGUCCCUUCAGCUUCUCACCGCUCAUCAAUCGCUUCUGUGGCUCAGCCAGUCCUGGACUUAUCCUGUCCAGCGGACGCUUCAUGUGGAUCCGCUUUUUCAGUGAUGAAGAGCUGGAGGGGACUGGCUUCCAGGUCCAGUACAGUUUUACUGCAGAUCCUGAAUUUCAUCUACAUGUGGGAGGACUUUUAAACCCCAUCCCAGACUGUCAGUUUGAGCUGUCUGGAGCUGACGGUGUGAUCCGUUCGAGUCAGGUGGACGAAGAAAACAAAGUGAAGCCAGACCAGGCAGUGGACUGCAUAUGGACUAUACGCGCCCCAACAAAGAACAGGAUUUACCUGCGAUUCUUGGAAUACCAGAUGGAAAACUCAAAUGAAUGUAAGAAGAACUUUGUGGCUGUUUAUGAUGGCAGUAACGCCAUUGAGGACCUAAAGGCCAAGUUUUGUAGUACAGUAGCUAAUGACAUUAUGCUGGACACUGGUGUGGGAGUAGUAAGGAUGUGGGCCGAUGAGACAAGCCGUCUCAGCCGUUUCCGGAUGCUGUUCACAUCUUUCGCUGACCCACCCUGUGUAGGUGGUGCAUUCUUUUGCCACACUAACAUGUGCAUCAACACUUCUCUGGUGUGCAACGGCAUACAAAACUGUGUCUUUCCUUGGGACGAAAGCAACUGCAAAGAGAAAAAGAACAAAAGUGUUUUUCAUCACAUCACAAAGACUCACGGGACAAUAAUCUGUGUGUCUACGGGGGUGGUGCUCUUACUCCUAAUUGUCUCCAUUCUGGUGCAAGUCAAACAGCCACGUAAGAAGGUGUUGGUUCGUAAGAACAACUUGUUUCCCCGCGCUGACCUCCAGGAGGUGUUUGACCCUCCUCACUAUGAACUUUUUAAUCUCAGAGACAAGGAGAUUUCUUCAAGAGACCUUGGCGAGUUGUCAGAGGAGCUCCAGUCCCUACAAGCGCUCAGGAGGUCCUCAUCAGGAUCACGCUGCAUUCACGAGCACCACUGCGGCUCUCUGGCCUCUAUCAACUCCAUUAAAGGCAGUCUAGGUGCACAAGGCCUGGGAAGAGGAUCCAUGGAGCUUCCACCUUUCAGAGGAGACUUCCAAAGUUCCUUACCUCCCCUAAGGGAUUUUAACAGCAGUCUCCGGAAGAAGAGCUGGCCUAGUAUGAAAUCAGGCCGAAUACAGGGCCAUCAUGGGAUGGGGGAGAGAGCUCUGGGACAACAGGACAGAGUUAUGGAAGAGGAUGAAGAGGAAGAGGAGGAUGGAAGGUAUGAUGUGUAUGUGCGUAGAGCAGGAAGCCGAAGAGGCUAUGAAAUGGCUCAGCAAAGAUCUCUGUCCAUGGACUUUUGAACAGAAAAUGCGAGAUCUGAAGUAGGGUAGGUAAACACUGCUGCAGACCUUUUCAGAUUUACAGGAAAGAGGAGGAAGAAGGAAAAUUAACUGUCUUUUGCCAGUUUUACACUGUCCUCCUUCUUACUAAGGUUGAAAAACAUAGGCUCUGUUAAGGAGCAACAUUCCAUGAACUUUUUAAAAGAUCCUCAGGCACUGCCAAAUCUGCUUGUACACUGAAAGAGCAAACAGGGAGCUCUUAUCAUAUAUAUGGCAAAGGUGUAAAAGUGAAAGUAGAAGACAAUGCUGUGUACUGUUGUUGUUUUUGAUGUACUCUGUUAAAUACAUUUAACUGUAAGGCAAAUAGAUGCUGUUGCAGUAUUUUUUGAAUCAGUGCAUAGAAGAAGUGUGAUUACAGUUUGCGCUGUCAAUGACAAAACUACUUUUUGCACCAUGGAGUCAGAAAAAGCCAGCUCAGAGUUAGAGUCAGUUUCAACUUUGCAGGAAGGAAGUGUGUGUUGACGUGCUGCGUUCCAAUGGCUACGCACAUGUGUUGUGAUCUUAAAACAGAAGUAUGCAAGUUGUUCUCUAAAGUUACCACAGAACUACUUACAUAACCUUGGAGCUGGCACGAACCUCAUUUAGAAAGCCUUGCAGUUUAGUCAGCAUACCUCUGCGAUCCAUUUGUCAUACUGAAAAAAAAUUCACCGGGCAGAUAAUUAAUGGAGCAACUAUGCACAGGCACAGACAAACACCUGACAGUGCACUCUCAGUGCUAGUGUGUAUGUGCGUGCUGUUAAUGGCAGUUACAUAAUUCUCAUCUGACAGGUGUAGUCUGAUAAAAUCAAGAUUAAAAUAUUGCGGUGAUAAAAUGUUUGGAUUCACUGGCUACUUUCUACGCAGAGCCAACACAAUAAAAACAACUGAUUAACAGUGUAACAUACUCUGUUUAAAAUACUUCCACAAGUUGUCCUUGUAUGUAGGGAAUAUGAAUUAUCAGCUGUGGUCAACAGUCUUCUUUUUUUUAAUCUCAAUAUCAAUGAAUAGGCAAAAUAUUUGUAACACUUCAGGUAAACCACUCCACAAAUAGGUCAAAACGUGCAGAAAAUGCAGGAUUAUCUCUGUAAAAUAACUCAACUCUUCGCUAUGUGAAAAUCGCUAAGCUUAAAAUCCAAGGUGUGUCAUGGAGCUAGCCAAUUUGAGCUUUUUGUGUGACGUAUAGUUACCACAGAAAGUACAAAGACCACAUUUGUUUUUUGUUUAUUUUAUUCCUUUUAAUUUAUUUAGGUGGAGGCCGAUCCCUUUUAAAUUAAAACUGUAAUAUACUGCAAACACUUGUGUUUUAUGAUAUCCAUCUGUCUUCUGCAGGUGAGUGCCUGACCUUCAGAAAAAGAACAAUGCACAACCAGAACUGAGCAUCAAGUUUAUUUUUAGAUUACAGUACAAUAGGUCAGGUGAUAACUUACAUUAGAGCAGCAGGUUGGCAUGCAGUCACUGAGAGUUCCCAGAGACAGAUGCAAGCUUAAAGAUGAUCAUGGGGUUUAGGGGACUUUAACAUGAGACUGUGCUGAUCUUGGACCUGCUGCACCUAUGUUUUUAUGCAUGCGUAAACACUCAUACAUCAGGUAUGCCUCAUGUGUGGCCUCAGUUGCUCAAAAAACUCUCAUUUUUACAUGAUAAACUAACAGUUGUGGUUUAACGGAGCAGACGCUCUGUCCAUUUUCCUAUCUGCAACAACUUAGUAUUCCUCAGUGCUCCAUCAUAUUGAACUCUCUAAUGUAGCUGGGAAAUGCUUCUAAAAAUACACACUGUGAAUGAGAUUGGGAAGAAUGAAGUCCAACACAUUUAGCAUAAUUCUUGUCUUGAACUACAGGCAGUGCUAGUCCAGAAUAAAAAGUACCUUACUGUAAUUGUAAAUAACGUCUUUAUAAAACUUUGAUAAAACAGCACAACAAAAGGUGCUAGUGCACUCUGACUGUUUAAUACAUGUCAACAUCAGCAGCUGAAAAUAAAAAUACAACAGCUUGUUUAAAGUC